AUGCGCUUAACAUCACUUGAAGAAGUGAAUCUAUCAGCAAAUCGUUUAUCCUCCAUAUCGUCUGCGUUCGCUUUAUUGCCCAAUCUACAGAUUCUUCGUUUACAUUCCAAUCGAAUCACCUCUAUACCUGAUCUCUCAAAUUCGCAGUCUUUAUAUUUAUUGGAUGUUUCGAAUAAUGACAUUGAAAAUGUUAAUACGGAUAUGUGUAUGGCAAGAACGUUGAAGCAUCUUGAUCUCACUUGUAAUCUCGCAUUACGUGUCAACACAAGCACUCUUCGACCUAAAAAGAAAGGGCGAUUAGUUUCAGUUGUUGAUGUUGGCUCUGAAUCGAUGUCUGGACCGUUUCAGUACGGAUUCUCUGAAACUUCUGGUCAGAAGAACAAAUUAUGCAUUCGUCAAAUCCGUCCAAGGAAUGACAAUCGUCAUGUGUUCGGUAUGAUCGAUGGUGGAUCGAAUGAUGAGACGGUGUCCGGAGUGGAGUCGUUGAAGAUGGCGCUAAUAAAGGCUCAUGAACAUUUGGGGCAGUUGGGCGAACGUUUAGGUGCAUCAGCGUUAUUGCUUUAUGUAUCGCAUGAUGAAUUGCUAUGCGCAAUCAGUGGUCAAAUUGGUGCAGUUUUGUGUAGAAACGGCAAUGCGUUGGAUCUUACGGACGACAUGAUCAGCAGUGAAAUUUGUGAUGAACAAUAUCAGAAACUGCGAAGAGAUAAUGUCACCAUCACUCAGGAUAAUCUGAUCGAGGGUAUCUGUCCUAGUAUGCGCUCGUUGGGCUUCUCAUUUUUGUAUCCAGCCGUUCUACCGAAUCCAACCAAGAUAACCGUUCCCUUACUGGACACUGAUGAGUUCAUCAUAAUCGCCUCAAAAGCGCUGUGGAAAUUUGUAUCACCACAACGCAGUGUCGAUCUCAUUCGUGCAAUUCGAAAUCCACAGAUGGCUGCUAAAAAAUUACAGGUUCGGUCUCUAAUUUCAUUCAUUUAUAUGUUGAGGUUUGUAAUAGAUCUUUAA